UCGACCAUGAUGCCGACCACCAGCAUACGUUGUCAGUGGCUACUGAUCAGCAUCGGGACAGUCCUCAUCAUCCCCGCCAUCAACCUUGCCUCAGCCGGUCAUGCUAAACACAGAGGUUCGAUGUCAUUAGACAGGCGAGGAGGUCACAAUCAGCCUUCAUCAUCAGACUCGACGUCCUCGUCGUCAUCCUCUGAAACGCUCCCAAUCAAUCCCGACCACCAAGUCGAAAAUGAAGAGCAUAAUGUCAUAGCGAGUAAUAGCACAUCACCAUCGCUUCCUCUGAUUCAAGAUGGCGGUGAAGUCAAGUUGCCCAGAGGAUUUAAAAUAAUCGCUCUCGACGAGGACAAUAAACCAUUUAUCGUCAUUCCAAACAUGCAUCAUCUUUUGGAAAACAAUAGUGAUUUGACGAAGCUGCUGAAGUCUGCUCUGAGAGAGGCUCAUCGGAUCAAGCGUUCGCCAUCGUAUUCACCAGCGGAAACGUCGUCAUCGAGAGGAUCGAGGCGAUCGGCUUGCAGAUUCGAAUACCAAACGACUGUAAUCAGAGAAGGGCACUGUAUUCGAUUUGGAGAUUUUCCCGCCUGUUUAUCCGGAGAUCAAUUGUACCCUUUCGCACGUGAUUGCUAGCCGAUAGAUGCAUCUUUGGACAAGCAGUCAUUUCGGAAGACGGUUCACGUAUCGCGUAUACAGGGACGUUGGUGAGCCACGCGUCGAAGAUAUCUUAUGGGAAGCACUUCUGCAAGGUGCAUUUGAUUCAUGCGUAUUACCGAGGACCCUUUGGCAUGUUGAGGGGAGACUGUGUAUUCCACUCAUCGUGGACAUUUCUUUUUAUAUGCAGAUCAGUAUGAUUCGCGUUUGUACAAAGAAAGAUUUUAAGCUGUAUUUAAAUCAAGGGAGGUUCUAUAUGUUGAUAGUAUUAUGUACAUAUUUGGAGAGUUAUGUAUUGAGAUGAAUUGAGAAAUUGAGCAAGGAGAGAAAAUCAACAAAUUGACUGCAAUUGAUUUUUAAAAAGAAAUAGAUUUUAAUUUGAUGUAGAGUUUAAACAGAAGGUACUGACUUGUCGGUGUUUUAUUAUCACCUGUAAUCGAUAACAUGAUCUAGUAGAAAGAUUGAGAAAGUCUGACUGAAUUCAGCAUGAUCGGUAGAUUAUUACAGUUCACCAAUAAUAUACGAUACCACAGGUCCUAAAAUGUAUUCACCAUCGGAUAACACACAUGCACAAUUUUUUACCGAGGGAAUGUUUCAGAAAUCUGAUCGUAAAUUUGCGAUUGAUUUGAUAGGCAACUUAAAUAUGGCAUGCCAAAUGGAAUCCUGACUAAUUUUAUCUUGGGGCUGUCGCAUAAUACUGAGUUCCCACUGUCACUACUUGCAUCACGAUUCAAACGGCGAACUUAAUCGUUCAGUAGUCGUAGUGAUCUUGACGGAUCGUAUCAGAUCAGUAGUGGCAAUCGUAUUGAUCAUAUCAAACAAAUUUGAAUGGUUCACAAAUUUUCGCGAUCAGUUACAAAAGGCCAAUCGUGAAUUUCUUAAAGGAUCGCACGACAGCGGGAACGAGGUUUUAAGAAUUACGAUCAAACGCAACACAAAAUAUUGAACGCAACUUGAUGUUCAACUUAAGAAACGUGCGUAUUAUGGACUUUGAUUGAUUUCUUGAGUUGCAUUUAAUCACAGCUCAUUAUGAAACUGGUCCCACAUCACCUGAGAGUGAAUAAUGUUAAUGAUAUGUAUUUUCAUUAAAGCGGAGGAAAGAUUGAUCCCAUUUAGAAUAUAGGAAUAUAGGAUCUUAUGUAGGAAAAGCAGUUUACAUGAGCGCAGACCUGUAAUGUCAUUCGGUAUUCAUUAUUUCAAACGUCGAGUUAUGAAGUGCUUUGCGAUGGAUAAACCACCCAAAGUCACUCCAUUUCCGUUCGUUAAAGAAUGAUCAACACGUCAAAUGAUAUCAAUCACUCAGCACAAUGUGAGGGAUUUUUCAAUCCUCGACGCACGACGGAUUUAAGAACAUAGUAUAAUGUAUUGCCAAAUGCCCCACAUGACAAUGAACAACCAAGAAGUCUUUGUCGAAAAUUGGUGAGUCAAGGCGGCAGUUUCGUCCUAGAAUGUGUACAAACGACGCACAUGUAUUUGUGCAAUUUUUCGUCAGCUCCGGAACUUAAGACGAAGUUCUUCAAUUAUCGACAAAGACCUCCCAGCUGUUUACUUUCGAUUGACUGACAUUUUCAAUACACUUACUAAGGACUUGAAUCCGUUCUGCGUCGCGGGGUGAACAUUCCCUAGUGGUAGACUACCACGAAAGCAAUGACGACAUUGACGACGUUUUCGGAUACUGAAAACAUCAAAACACAUUCAUUAGUGUGCUAAAAAGAUGACGGAAGGAUACGUUAAAGGUCGAGCAUUAUAAUUACUGACAAACAAACCAGUGUUUGUGUUCCUGACCAGACAAUUAUAUGGUUAUCAUUCAUGCAAUUGGCGACGGCGAAGAGUGAAGUUUGUGGAUGUUUUUAUUGAAUCCGAUUGUUUCCAUGGCGAUAGAACGCACACGUACAUUCUCAUUGAACAAGGGGAUACAUUACGCUUUCCAGCGUCAGUUUGGCCUCCCUGAUUGAAACAACUUGAAGCAAAUAAAAUACAUAUGUAUUGUGUUUGAUAAUGCUUAAGUCACACUAUGGUAACGAACUCCAUAUCGAUCCAAGCAAUUACGUUCUUGCGAGCGGUAUAUCAUGGUUCAGUUUGGAAGUAGUGUGUCUGCGGCAUUUCAAAGUGUUUGUUUGUGUAAUAUUCCACUAGCCACGUUAUAAAUUACUGUAUUCGGAAUAUUAACUGUCGUCAGUUACUUCAUGGAUGUUGUAUUUCAUGGAAUAUUUGUCAUUCUGUAUGUAUUUCAUAUUUUGUUGUGUCUCAUGAGUAUUAGGAAUUCAAUUACUGCCAUUUUCCUACAUGCAGAUUCCGCUACUUAAAGUACUAAAUGUAUAUUUCGCAUUGUUCGUGAUAUGUGAAUUUACAUAUUGUAUUCUAAUAUUUUAUGUUGAAUAAAAUGAGAACAUUGAUGCCUUGAAUUUGACCAAUGUUGUCUUCACUUCAGGAGCGAGGUGUGUGUCAAGAAGGCCUAUUCUAAAAAAAAUACCCAUCAGUAAAAGGAUGAGUUUGUUUUUAAUAAUUGUCUAAAAUUAUUUUUAGGCCAGUAAUGAGAGCUAGAAAGCAUAGAUUCAGUUUUCUGAUCAUGUAGACCUAUAUUUCAUUUAUCAUGAAAUAGUAUUUGAAUAUUUAUAAGUUAUCGAAUAAAUCACAUUUGCAUACGAUAAAAGUACCGUUAACAUUAAAAAAUAGGGUAUCGAUAUUUAUUUCAUAACUCGUUUUGCAAUGUGAAUUGAUUUUUCUUUUAUAAGUUUGAAGGAUGAAGUGAAUUUUAUUUUUCUCGCGUUUUGAAAUGGACGGAUGUGAUUUUCCCCUUUUCUGCAAAUGUGUAAAAUUAUGAUCGUUUAUCCUUACGUGUGUGUGUAUAUAUUAUCUAUUGAUUGUUAUAUAAGUUUAUUUUUUAUUUUACAGAUUAAAGUAAUAUUUAUGAUUGAUAA